CGGGCUCAAACGUCAAAUGAAGAAUUUUAUUAUUUUUAUUUGCCGCUUGAAGAGUGAAGACUUGAAGAUUCAAAUCGUUAUGCUAUUUAGUUUUCCCAUUUUCCCUCGUAAUUUUUUAUUUACAUUAUUAGUUAUUUUAAAAAAAGCCUGAUUUAGAAAAUGGAUUGGAAAAGGUGUUUUAAAUUUCAACACGAAGUAGUGGACAAUCUUAGAGUAUCGUUUAGCAGUAAAAAGUGCAUGUUAUCGUUUUGGAAUAAAUAUCAAAUAUUUUUGCUCAAUGAGCAAGAAUUGGAUUCGCGGAACUGGCCAUUGAUCUUCCUUAACACGGAUUUCGAAAUUUGCCAACUAAUAAUAGCUGAGUAUUUACUUUGUUUAGACUAUGAAGGGACUUUGUUUGGUUAUUCCCUUAAUUUGCAUCAAACUGCAACUGCACAUAAAAGAGCUAAACCUGAUUUUCGGGUCUUGGAACGUAAUAUUUUACGUACGAAAUGGUACGAAAACGAAGACCUAUUAUUUAGCCUACAGUUAGACUCAAAUGAACUGUGCAUAAAAACUUAUAAAAUGAAAUCAAGUGAUGAUGUGAAUGUCAAAUUAAAACCUCAAAGCCAUAAGAAAAUUUUGAAUCGAAAUUUAUUUCAUUCAUUAAAUGAAAUAAAACGGGAGAAGUGUAUUUUAUCUUGUUUCAGGGUAAAUGAAAGCGACUAUGACGGUAUUAAACACAUUUUCAAAGGAAGGAAAAAUUUAUUAGAUCAGCCGUUCAUCAUUAUUAUGAGCUUUGAUAAACUGACUUUGUAUACUGUGUUAGUAGAUUUGAAAUUCAGUGGAGAAACUUUGAAACCUGUCAAACUUCUCACAAGUCCUUCAGAGAUAAAUGAGGUAGUUUUCAUAAAAGAAAAUGCCAUAAAUAUAAUAGUUAGUCUUACUUCAGGCACUUUAAUUAAGCAUUCUUUAAAUAAAAACUUCAAUACACCAAAUAUAACACAUUUAAACACUGGCAUACACAAACUAACAGUGCUCAAUGAAAAACUUAUAUACACUGAUGGUAGCACUAUGUGGGUAGCCACAAACACAUUUUCAGAGCCUGACACCAAAUUGAGACAGUUGUUUAUCAGAAAUGCCAAAGAUUUUACACAUAUAGGCAAUGCUGGUCAAAUUAUUUGUACAACAUAUUCUAAUCUAGUGUAUACAUUCAAUGUAAAUGAUGAGCCAUGUUACUUACCUGUCACUGACAGUGACUACUACCCUGCCGAGCAUUUGUUUAAUAAUAUGGGUUGUUUGGACAGAAUCUUGAAAGAAGUUGAAAAAAACGAUGAUGUCAUUAAAAAUAUAAAGAAGGAAGAAAACUAUAUUACAACAUUGGCUUUGUCAAAUAGACAAGAUAUUAUGAAUGAAAUUAUUCAGAGCAGUAUCUAUGUGUAUGAAAACUAUGAAGAUAUUCUCAAAGAUGGAUUAAUACUCAAUUUAACUAAUAAACUAAAAGAGUAUUUCGAUAAGAAUUCAUUUUACUUCCUGAUAAAAAUGUCUGCUGUCCUACAGCAGAACCAUGUUGAUAUUCUGGCAAAUAUUUUUUUGGAUUGUAAAAUCCAUAUCACAAUUUUGUCAGAGCAACAAGUUUUAAAAACUAUCUGCAUGCCAGUUUUAGAUCAAUUAAAGAACUUGAACAUAGUUGUUCCUUUAAAAAUGACAAAAUCGAACAUUACAAGUUUAUUUUUUGAUAUAAGAAUAAUAAAAAAAAUUCCUAAAGUAUUAAGUUGCAAAGAGAAUCUGUGGACAGCUUUAUAUUAUAAACAAAUUGCUUUAACACCAGAGCUUUUCAUCAAAACAGAUCACUGUUCAAAUAAAAUACAGUUACUAAAGGAACCAGAAGAUUCUAUAGAAAAUUUAUUAUACAAAGCUUCUUAUAAGCAUCAUGGGCAUUUAUUUAGAAUUGCUAAAGUAUCAGAAGAUUUUUUUAAAUGGUCAUUUUAUAUUAAACUGCCUAAUAGAUACAAAGAAUUUUUACAAAAUGAAAUGUUUUACAAGGAACACUUUAACACAACAAAAGCAAAGUUCCUGUUGAAAGAAAUAUCUUCUGAAGAAUUUUUAAACUCAAGAAAGAAUAUAUCUUUUACAAUAGCUAAUGAAAGAGUUGACAUGGAGAUUAUAAACCAUGGAGUAUCUGAUUCUUUGAGCAAUAAUAUGAUUAAAGUAUCAAGUGUGAACCCUCGCCUUGCUUUGGGUAUAAGAAAUUUCUUUUCUAAUUUAGCACACAACAAUUUCCAAACAUAUCAGCCAGGACAGGAAUAUAUUAACUGUUUUAGAUUCAAUAUAUUGCUCAAGAAAACAGAGAACACAGUCAAUAAAUGUUUAACUGAAAGGUUGCCAUUUGAGGAAUUUUCAAAAAUUUUUGAACAAUUUCAAAUGAAUCUAAGUCAAAUUUUAGUGUGAAGAACUAUUAAUUGGAUAUGAAUGUAAACAUCUAUUUUAACUGGUCCAGAAACAUCUUCAGUUACUUUGAAGAUACCAUAUUCUAAAAUGGUUGAUCCAAAAAGAGUCAUGAGCUACGAGGACAUGCUGAAAGUAAUUCACCAGCCUGAGAAAGUGAUUAUAGAUGUCCGUAAUCCAGAGG